AGGAAAAUUCCUAAAAUCCCCCAAACCCAAUCUCAUCCUCUUCAAACCAAACAAACUCCAUUUCUCCUCUUCUUCCAACCCUAAAUCCACAUUCUUCUUCUUCCUCCUCCUCUUUCUACAAUUCUUUUUCACCGUCGAUCCGAUCAUGCUCUUCAGAUAUAUGUGGUAUGAAUAAAUUGAGCAUAAUUGAUGGAAGAUAAGUAUACAGAUGGCUAAAAUGUCUGCUUCCGCUUCUGCAUCAUGGGAGCGGGCUCAACGCCUUUAUGAAAAGAAUAUUGAGUUGGAGAAUCGGUGUAGAAAGUCAGCUCAGGCUCGAAUUCCUUCAGAUUCCAAUGCAUGGCAACAAAUACGGGAAAAUUAUGAAACAAUAAUCCUUGAGGAUUAUGCUUUCUCUGAACAGCACAAUAUUGAAUAUGCCUUGUGGCAACUGCAUUACAAGCGAAUUGAGGAGCUGAGAGCACAUUUCAGUGCUGCUUUGGCUUCUGCUGGUUCUAACAAUUCUCAAGGCGUGCCUACAAGGCUUGACAGAGUUCCAAAAAUAAGAUUGCAGUUCAAAACAUUUCUUUCAGAAGCUACUGGAUUUUACCAUGAUUUAAUAUUGAAAAUCAGAGCAAAAUAUGGGCUUCCUUUGGGUUUUUUCUCGGAGGAUGCAGACAACCGUAUGGCUACAGAUAAAGAUGGAAAGAAGCCUGCUGACAUAAAGAAAGGUCUCAUUUCUUGUCAUCGUUGUUUGAUAUACUUGGGUGAUCUUGCACGCUACAAAGGGUUAUAUGGGGAAGGUGAUUCAAAAAAUCGGGAGUAUACUGCAGCCUCAAGUUACUACCUGCAAGCAGCAUCACUUUGUCCAUCUAGUGGCAAUCCUCAUCAUCAGCUUGCUAUAUUAGCUUCAUACUCAGGAGAUGAGCUGGUUGCUGUUUAUCGAUAUUUCCGGAGUCUGGCAGUUGAUUCUCCAUUUUCUACUGCCAGAGAUAAUUUGAUUGUUGCAUUUGAGAAGAACCGUCAGAGCUAUUCUCAGCUGUCAGGGGCUGCUAAAGCUUCUGUGGUGAAGGAAUCACCUAUUCGAUUUAGUGGAAAAGGACGGAAAGGAGAAGUGAAGCUUGCAACUAAAGAUUCUAAUGCUGAACCCCCAAAGGAGAGUGUGCUAUCUCCACAGGAGCCAUUUAAAUCCUUUUGCAUUAGAUUUGUUCGUCUAAAUGGAAUUCUUUUCACGCGCACAAGCCUAGAGACGUUUACAGAGGUUCUCUCAUUGGUAAAUAGUAGUUUCUCAGAACUUUUGUCUUCUGGACCUGAAGAGGAACUGCUUUUUGGAACAGUUGCUGCUGAGAAUAGUCUCAUCGUAGUUAGAAUUGUUGCAAUUCUUAUAUUCACAGUUCACAAUGUGAAUAAAGAAACUGAAGGUCAGACGUACUCAGAAAUUGUACAACGGGCCGUUUUGAUACAGAAUGCACAUAUUGCAGUUUUUGAGUUGAUGGGUUCUAUUCUUGAUAGAUGUUCCCAGUUGUGUGAUCCUUUAUCAAGUUUUUUUCUGCCUGCUCUUCUAGUUCUUGUUGAAUGGUUGGCAUGUUGUCCGGAAAUUGCAGCAAGCAGUGAAGUUGAUGAUAAACAGGCUACUGCUAGAUCAAAAUUUUGGAACCGUUGCAUCUCCUUCUUCAAUAAGCUUUUGUCUAGUGGUUGUGUGUCUUUAGAUGAUGAGGAUGAAACUUGCUUUUUUAACCUCAGUAAGUAUGAAGAGGGCGAAACUGAUAAUCGGCUUGCAUUAUGGGAGGAUCUUGAAUUAAGGGGAUUCUUGCCACUUCUUCCUGCACAGACUAUAUUGGAUUUUUCAAGGAAGCAUUCUGGAAGUGAUGGCAAUAAAGAAAAAGUUGCUCGCGUUAAAAGGAUUCUGGCUGCAGGGAAGGCUUUAGCUAAUAUAGUCAAGAUCGAUCAAGAACCAAUAUACUACAAUUCAAAGGUGAAAAGGUUUUGUACUGGAAUUGAACCUCAAGUGCCAAAUGAUUUUGUCAUUCCAUCGUCUUCUACCAUGAUGCCUGGUCCAGGCAAUGCAAUGCAAGGAACUCAAGUAGAGAAAACAAAUAACUUGGCAGUUGGGAAGUCAAGUUCUCAGCUAGUUUUGGAAGGUGAAGAGGAUGAUGAAGUAAUAGUCUUUAAGCCUCUAGUUGCUGAGAAGCGAAUUGAAAUGGCUGAUGCAUUGCGGUCAGGUUAUGAGGGUUUGCAACUUGCGAGAAAUUCUUCUGGGGGUGAUCUGAGAUCCUAUGGUGGCAUGACAACCUCUUCUGAGGAUAUUCACCUGUCAAGUGGUUUUGAGUCAAGUUCUCAAGCACCUAUGGCUGCUGCUAAUAUUAACACUCUCCAUUGGCAAACAAUUCAGUCAAAUGCUUCUAAGUGGCCUCUUGAACAGAAAGCUUGUCUUGUUGACAGCUUGCAAAGUUUGAGGUUAUUGGAGAAUGGGCAUGGGAUGAAAUCUGAUCUUCAGAAUGAUAUAAGCAUGUUUAAUCCUGCAGUUCACUCGAUGCCUGUCAAACAAACUGUUAGCAUGAAUAGUGAUGUCUUUUACAAUGACAAAAAGCCCCUAGGAGUUCAAGUACAAUCUAGGAAUGAUGGUCCUGUCUCAUUUGGAGGUGUUAUCGACCCAAUGACCACAGGUGUAUUUUCUAGCCUUCAAUCAGGGUUGAGAAAACAUCCAGUAAGUCGACCAGUUAGGCAUCUUGGACCUCCUCCUGGUUUCAAUCACGUUACUACUAAGCAUGCUAAUGAAUCCCUUCCUGGUUCAGAGUUUAGAAGUGAGAAUCAGACCAUGGAUGAUUAUAGCUGGUUGGAUGGGUAUCAGCUGCCCUCUUCUACAAAAGACUCUGCUAAUGCUACACAUCUCACAUCUCAUAUGAAUGCUCAGCAAAUUGGUGGUAGUAAUGUAUUGAGUGCGGCCAUCAGCUUCCCUUUUCCUGGCAAACAAGUUCCAAACGUGCAGUCUCCGAUAGGAAAACAGAAAGGCUGGCCUGAUUUCCAGGUUCUUGAGAAUCUAAAACAGCACAAUGAACAACAUCUGCAGCCACAUCAACAGCUUGUGAAUGGUGGUAGCCAACUCUUUACUCCACUGCCUGAGCAAUAUCCAGGACAGUCUAUUUGGACAGGUCGUUACUUCAUGUGAUGUCAGUAUGAGAGUAUAGAUGGUCUUUGGGAAUGAUAAUGGUGAUUGUACCACAUCCUGGUGCCAAAUUGAACUCCACCUUUGCUGCUUGUUGAAAAAUUUGUUGGAGCAUUUCUGGCCUUGGAUUUAAGCAGGCACUUGCUACCAUAACAGCAAAUUGGCCGAGCUCUCCAGCAAGAGGAAAAGGAAUUUGGGAACAUUUUUUCGAUAAGCUGUUCGUAUGGAAGUAAAUGCCUUGUCAGGUUGCUUGGGUUGGUUAGAAGGUCUUUUACGUUGAUCGAUUUUGGGGCUUAUCUCACAAGGGGUUGGUGGGAUAAGUGGUGUACUCAGUAAUCUCUACUUAACUGUCGAGUCUAGCUGUUGAAAUUGCUUUUACUAUCAUCAUCCGAUGGCAGGUGAUAAUAUCGUGCUGCUUGGCAAGUUCUUUCUCCGAAGACUUAUUGGUAUAUUCUAUGCGGGUAAGAAUCUACAUUACCUAAACUGGAUGAUGGUGGGGUUGGUUUCAAAUCAUAUGUUGUUUAGUUUGGAUGGAUGACUACACUCUUUGAUAUGAAUCACCCUUCCCUUGCUUUCAGUUGUGAAAGAAAGGGUGUUGGUUGUUAUUAUGCACACUAUUAUGUUACUACGAGUGAACUGGAAUCUUUGGGAACUUUCUAGUUUUAAAUGUCGUCGGGUCAGUCGGGUCAGUCGUUCUUUCUUUCUAGUAUGGAAAUAAUUUGUCAAAUGUGACAGACAGUUUGCUUGUUACUUAUGUACUAUGGUUUGUCCCAUCAUUUUGUGUAUGUUUAAAUGGUAUGGUUUUAUUAUUGGUUCA